AUGCAUGCUGAUGAAGGGGAUAGUUUUCUGUCUAAUACGACUACAACACUACAAUCUGGCGUAGACAUAGGGGACGGAAGGACAGAGCUGUCACACGGUGCUCUUGUAAAAUUGAAUGCCGACACAUCUGCUGAUGACAAGGGCAUCCAAUUGGAAGAAUGCACAUCUCCUCUGCAGCCAGGAGAAAUCAUGGAAGUCUUAGAGACUGAUACGAACGAUGAUUGGGAUGCAAUGUUUAACACCCUGCAGGAUGAAAUAUCUACGAAUGAUGCAGGUGCGUCCAAACUUGAGCUUACAUUCAACCUUGACAUUGACCAGAUGAAUGAGGAGGGAUACACACCGCUCUACAAGGCAGCUUUAGAAGGUCAUCUCGAAGAUGUCGACGAUCUCAUUACACUGGGAGCAAACCCAAGUAAACCAAGUAAGGGUGGACUCCGUCCUCUUCAUGCAGCGGCUCACGAAGGACAUGCACACAUCGUUGACUUCCUCAUCCUGCAGGGAGCAGACGUGAAUGUCGGGUGUGAACGGGGUACGAGACCUCUUCAUACAGCAGCUGCAAAAUGUUAUCUUGACAUCUUAGAGAGCUUGGUUGCAGAAGAAACUAAUGUGAACAUGGAAGAUCACACAGGAAGGACACCAUUCAAUGCUGCCGUUCAAGAGGGCCAUCUAGAAGCCGCCAAAUAUCUCAUGACUGAAGGUGCGAAGCUGAACAGAUAUGAUGGAAUGACCCCACUCUAUGCUGCAGCUCAAUUUGGUCAUUUAGAUAUCGUCAAAUUCUUCAUUUCCAAAGGAGCUGAUGUAGACGAAGAACACGACAAAGGGAUGAUUCCUCUCCAUGGUGCAUCUUCUAGAGGCCACUUAGAAGUCAUGGAAUAUCUCAUUCAGCAAGGUUCCGAUCUUAACAAGGAUGAUGCCAAGGGUUGGACACCAUUCAAUGCUGCCGUUCAAAAGGGCCAUCAUGAAGCUGUCAAAUAUCUCAUAACUAAAGGAGCGAAGCAGAACAAAUAUGAUGGUAAGACUCCACUCUAUGCUGCAGCUCAAUUUGGUCAUUUAGAUAUCGUCAAAUUCUUGAUAUCUAAUGGUGCUGAUGUAAACGAAGAACACGACAAAGGGAUGAUUCCUCUCCAUGGUGCAGCUUCUGGAGGCCACUUAGAAGUCAUGGAAUAUCUCAUUCAGCAAGGAUCCGAUCUUAACCAGGGUGAUGCCAAAGGUUGGACACCAUUCAAUGCUGCCGUUCAAAAGGGCCAUCUUGAAGCUGUCAAAUAUCUCAUGACUGAGGGAGCGAAGCAGAACAGAUAUGAUGGUAAGACCCCACUCUAUGCUGCAGCUCAAUUUGGUCAUUUAGAUAUGGUCAAAUUCUUGAUAUCCAAAGGAGCUGAUGUAAACGAAGAACACGACAAAGGGAUGAUUCCUCUCCAUGGUGCAUCUUCUAGAGGCCACCUUGAAGUCAUGGAAUAUCUCAUUCAGCAAGGAUCUGAUGUGAACAAAGCAGAUGCCGAGGGUUGGACACCAUUCAAUGCUGCCGUUCAAGAGGGCCACAUAGAAGCCGUAAAAUAUCUCAUGACUAAAGGAGCGAAGCAGAACACAUACGAUGGCAUGACCCCACUCUAUGCUGCAGCUCAAUUUGGUCAUUUAGAUAUCGUCAAAUUCUUCGUUUCCAAAGGAGCUGAUGUAGACGAAGAACACGACAAAGGGAUGAUUCCUCUCCAUGGUGCAUCUUCUAGAGGCCACUUAGAAGUCAUGGAAUGUCUCAUUCAGCAAGGAUCCGAUCUUAACAAGGGAGAUGCCAAGGGUUGGACACCAUUCAAUGCUGCUGUUCAAAAUGUCCAUCUUGAAGCUGUCAAAUAUCUCAUAACUAAAGGAGCGAAGCAGAACAGAUAUGAUGGUCAGACCCCACUCUAUGCUGCAGCUCUAUUUGAUCAUUUAGAUAUCGUCAAAUUCUUGAUAUGUAAUGGCGCUGAUGUGAACGAAGAAGAUGACGAAGGGAUGAUUCCUCUCCACGGAGCAGCUUCUGGAGGCCACUUAGAAGUCAUGGAAUAUCUCAUUCAGCAAGGAUCUGAUGUGAACAAAGCAGAUGCCGAGGGUUGGACACCAUUCAAUGCUGCCGUUCAAGAGGGCCACAUAGAAGCCGUAAAAUAUCUCAUGACUAAAGGAGCGAAGCAGAACACAUACGAUGGCAUGACCCCACUCUAUUUUGCAGCACAAUCUGGUCAUCUAGACAUCGUCAAAUUCGUCAUAGACAAAGGAGGUGAUGUGAACGAAGUAGAUGAUGAAGGGAUGACUCCUCUCCACGGUGCUGCUACUCGCGGCCACAUAGAGGUCAUGAAAUAUCUCAUUCAGCAAGGAUCUGAUAUGGACAAGGCAGACGUCAAAGGUUGGAAACUAUUCAAUGCUGCCGUUCAAGAGGGCCAUCUAGAAGCCGCCAAAUAUCUCAUGACUGAAGGUGCGAAGCAGAACAGAUAUGAUGGGAUGACCCCACUCUAUGCUGCAGCUCAAUUUGGUCAUUUAGAUAUCGUCAAAUUCUUGAUAUCUAAUGGUGCUGAUGUAAACGAAGAAACCGACAAAGGGAUGAUUCCUCUCCAUGGAGCAGCUUUUGGAGGCCACUUAGAAGUCAUGGAAUAUCUCAUUCAGCAAGGAUCCGAUCUUAACAAGAGUGAUGCCAAGGGUUGGACACCAUUCAAUGCUGCCGUUCAAAAGGGCCAUCUAGAAGCCGCCAAAUAUCUCAUGACUGAAGGUGCGAAGCAGAACAGAUAUGAUGGAAUGACCCCACUCUAUGCUGCAGCUCAAUUUGGUCAUUUAGAUAUCGUCAAAUUCCUCAUUUCCAAAGGAGCUGAUGUAGACGAAGAACACGACAAAGGGAUGAUUCCUCUCCAUGGUGCAGCUUCUAGAGGCCACCUAGAAGUCAUGGAAUAUCUCAUCCAGCAAGGAUCCGAUCUUAACAAGGGUGAAGCCAAGGGUUGGACACCAUUCAAUGCUGCCGUUCAAAAGGGACAUCUUGAAGCUGUCAAAUAUCUCAUGACUGAAGGAGCGAAGCAGAACAGAUAUGAUGGUAAGAACCCACUCUAUGCUGCAGCUCUAUUUGGUCAUUUAGAUAUCGUCAAAUUCUUCGUUUCCAAAGGAGCUGAUGUAGACGAAGAACACGACAAAGGGAUGAUUCCUCUCCAUGGUGCAUCUUCUAGAGGCCACUUAGAAGUCAUGGAAUAUCUCAUUCAGCAAGGAUCCGAUCUUAACAAGGGUGAUGCCAAGGGUUGGACACCAUUCAAUGCUGCCGUUCAAAAGGGCCAUCAUGAAGCUGUCAAAUAUCUCAUAACUAAAGGAGCGAAGCAGAACAAAUAUGAUGGUAAGACCCCACUCUAUGCUGCAGCUCAAUUUGGUCAUUUAGAUAUCGUCAAAUUCUUGAUAUCUAAUGGUGCUGAUGUAAACGAAGAACACGACAAAGGGAUGAUUCCUCUCCAUGGUGCAGCUUCUGGAGGCCACUUAGAAGUCAUGGAAUAUCUCAUUCAGCAAGGAUCCGAUCUUAACCAGGGUGAUGCCAAAGGUUGGACACCAUUCAAUGCUGCCGUUCAAAAGGGCCAUCUUGAAGCUGUCAAAUAUCUCAUGACUGAGGGAGCGAAGCAGAACAGAUAUGAUGGUAAGACCCCACUCUAUGCUGCAGCUCAAUUUGGUCAUUUAGAUAUGGUCAAAUUCUUGAUAUCCAAAGGAGCUGAUGUAAACGAAGAACACGACAAAGGGAUGAUUCCUCUCCAUGGUGCAUCUUCUAGAGGCCACCUUGAAGUCAUGGAAUAUCUCAUUCAGCAAGGAUCUGAUGUGAACAAAGCAGAUGCCGAGGGUUGGACACCAUUCAAUGCUGCCGUUCAAGAGGGCCACAUAGAAGCCAUAAAAUAUCUCAUGACUAAAGGAGCGAAGCAGAACACAUACGAUGGCAUGACCCCACUCUAUGCUGCAGCUCAAUUUGGUCAUUUAGAUAUCGUCAAAUUCUUCGUUUCCAAAGGAGCUGAUGUAGACGAAGAACACGACAAAGGGAUGAUUCCUCUCCAUGGUGCAUCUUCUAGAGGCCACUUAGAAGUCAUGGAAUGUCUCAUUCAGCAAGGAUCCGAUCUUAACAAGGGAGAUGCCAAGGGUUGGACACCAUUCAAUGCUGCUGUUCAAAAUGUCCAUCUUGAAGCUGUCAAAUAUCUCAUAACUAAAGGAGCGAAGCAGAACAGAUAUGAUGGUCAGACCCCACUCUAUGCUGCAGCUCUAUUUGGUCAUUUAGAUAUCGUCAAAUUCUUGAUAUGUAAUGGCGCUGAUGUGAACGAAGAAGAUGACGAAGGGAUGAUUCCUCUCCACGGAGCAGCUUCUGGAGGCCACUUAGAAGUCAUGGAAUAUCUCAUUCAGCAAGGAUCUGAUGUGAACAAAGCAGAUGCCGAGGGUUGGACACCAUUCAAUGCUGCUGUUGGCAAUGGCCAUCUUGAAGCUGUCCGAUACCUCAUGACUAAAGGAGCGACGCAGAACAGGUUUGAUGCAAUGACCCCACUCUAUGCCGCAACACAAUCUGGUCGUUUAGACAUCGUCAAAUUCUUCAUAUCAAAUGGCGCUGAUGUGAACGAAGAAGAUGACAAAGGGAUGAUUCCUCUCCACGGAGCAGCUAUUGGCGGUAACAUAGAACUCAUGGAAUAUCUCAUUCAGCAUGGAUCUUAUUUGAACAAGAAUGAUUACACUGGGUGGACGCCAUUACAUGCUGCAGUCAGUAACGGCCAUCUAGAAAUUGUCAAAGUUCUAUUGGCCAAAGGAGUUCAGGGUACUAUGUUUGAAGGAUUGACCCUCCUUUACAUUGCAACACAGUAUGAACUUGUUAAUGUGGUAAAAUUCCUUGUCUCCAGUGGAUAUGAUGUGAACGAAAGAAAUGAAUGCGGCAAGUCCCCUCUUCAUGCAGCAUGUUACAAUGGUAACAUGGAUAUCGCGAAAUUUCUCCUUCACCACAACGCCAAUGUCAAUGAACAAGAUCAUGAUGGAUGGACACCACUCGAAGCCGCUGCACAAGAAGGACAUCGAGAUAUAGAAGAUUACCUUUUAUUGAAUGGAGCAGAUAUGACAGCAAGGGACAUAGAUGGUUUGACGCCACUCCUGGCUGCAGUAAUCGCAGGUCAAACACCAGUAAUAGAAUGCAUCCCAUCGCGUAUCGAUGGCCUGGAUGAAGAAGAAACAGGAGAUCCACGAACCGGUAGUCACCAGAAUAUCAUCACAAGCGGAUUUGUGACGGUAACAAUGCAAAGUGCAGACACACAUGUACGUACAGGACAGUUAGCAUCUCAGGUAGACAAUGCAGAGGUGGGGAAUGACCGCACUCCAGCUGAUAUUACGAAGAGAGGAGCCGGUGGACUCUCCUUGCAGAAUCUGUCCACAAGGACCCAUGAUGAUGAUAAAGAUGCAACUCAUCCAAACGUAAAUGAACACUUCUCCCCACGUAGAGGUGACCCGGAUCAGGAAGAUAUAGGAGAUCCACUAUCGGAGAGCCACCACUAUGGUGCUAAACAUCUCACCACAAAAGGUUAUGUGAAGAAGAAGAAGGAAUCUUUCAACAAGGACCCUUGA